AUGCAGUCCGACACGCAGCAGCAGUACCCGCACACGAAGGUGCUCUUGCAGUACCUCUUUGCGACCUACGGCAAGGGCAAGGCCGGCAGCAGUCCGCCGCAGCCUCUCCCGCCGAACAACUCGAUGUCGCUCCUCGAAAUGAGCGUCCGCAAACUCGCUCUCGCGCAAAGUCGAGCCGCGUCGGCAGCUUCGUCGUCGAAAGCGCCGAGCGAGGCGAGUGCGACGACGGAUGAUGAGGACAGCGAGGCGAAGAGCGUAUCGAGUUCGGGCAAAUCGGCGGCGGAGGAUCUACCAGACGACGAAAAGACGAGAAUCGUCAUCAAGCAGCUCGACGACCCGAGCAUCGACGAGGACGACAUGCCCGAUGCGCUUAAGGAGACGCUCAACGAGAUGCUCAUCCUCCCACAAGGCGAACCGGUCAACCUCGACUCGCUCAUUCUCUCACUCCUCCACCGACAUCGCGAGGACGUUCACCCGACCGGCAACCCCGUUCCUCCGCUUCCCAAUCACGGUUCGGUGACGCCCGGCUCCCGUCCUUCGCUUUCUCGCUCCGGCUCGUUCCGCCGGACGGCCUCGCCUGGCAUGCUCACGCCAGGCGGCAACAACGCCGCCAACUCUCGCUCGCCGUCCGGCUCUCCCUGGUCCUCACCAAAGCCGGCGACGCUCUCGCUCAACCCAGCGUCAGGCGCCUUCAAGUUCUCGGUUGGCGCGAGCGAGUUCACACCGGGCGGAGCAGGAAAUGGCAAGGCGUCACCAGGCAUCCCCGGCUCGCCUCUCCGAGCACGCAGUCCGAUGCCGAUGACGGCCCAGCAAGCUCAGCAGAACUGGGCGCUGAACCACUCGCCGCUCAGCACGCCCAAGCAUUCGCAGCCACCGUCGAUGCAGGGAACUGCUUCGGCCGCCUCUUCGCCCGGCUACUUUCCCCGCCAGCUCGACUCGCCGGGGGCCGGUGCUGGAAAGGCGCGGAUCCCUCGCCUGCCUUGGGCCGACCUCUCGGACGCAGGCAACGCAGAAGAAGACGUUGAUCCUUCCUCCGCUCGAAUUGACGACGCCGCACUGCCACCUGAAACGCUCGCCGCUUUUGGUGGACAGAACAGCUCGCUGUAUUCGCCUGCCAUCCCAAUCGACCAGGCCUACGCGGACCAGUACCCGAUCGAGGGCGGCGAGGCGCAAUGGGUCGAGCACCCGGAUGGCGGCGGCUACUUCUACCCUCCGCAGGCGUAUCCUCCGCAGGGCUACCCUGCCGAGUACGGUGUCUACCAGGGCGGGCCGAUGUACGACCCGUCAGGCAUGUUCCCAGGCGACGGGACCCUCACGCCUGGCGGGACCUUCAUGCCUCGCGGUCCUGGUCCAGCAUUCAUCACCCUACCCGGUCCAGCACCUGGCGAGAUGCCCUCUAUCGACUUUGCGAACCAGCUGAGCGGGUCGUCCGGCAUGGGCGGCAUCGGCGCGUACGCAAUGACGCCGUUCGACCACCUGCACUCAAUCUUUGCCGGCUCCGACGUCCCCGAAAACGUACUCGAGGACGCUCUCCAGCAGAGCGGCUUCGACGUCGACAAGGCUAUCGAGUACAUCAUCGAUCAGCAGCUCGGCAACGCCCCGCCUGUCCCGCCUGGCGCCUUGCCUCCGCCUGGUCUCGAGCCCCUUCAGCCGCGAGGGUACGGUGGUACGGGAUCCCGACCGCUCAUCAUCUCGCGCGACUCAUUCGAUGCGUUUGCGGGCGGGAAUGGCGGACGAGGCUCGCCGAGAUGGGGAGCGAGGUCGGGCACGCCGACAGGCGAGGGACGAGGGAAAAGCGGGCGCGUCUGCCGAUUCUACCUUGCUGGCAACUGCUUGAGGGCGGACUGCCAGUUCUCGCAUGAUGUCUCGAAGGCGGUUUGCAAGUUCUGGCUGCGAGGUCACUGCUUGAAGGGUGACGGAAGAUGCGAUUUCUUGCAUACGAUUCCUCCGGUCAUGCGGGCCGACUACGAGGCGCGGUCACGCCUUCGACAGGAAGCGAUGAUGCCGCCACCUGAAGCAGAACCCGACGUAGGACCCGAGCUGGACUUCCCGACUCUCGGCGACGCGCCUCGCUCAAGACGACCGCUGGGCGGAUCAGGCGCGCACAGCGUACAGCUGGACCCGUCUCGGACACGCUUUGCCGGCGCCGUCAAGUUUGGCCAGAAAUUGCAGUCGCCCGUCCCGCCUCGCGCUGCGCCAUCCACCACGCAGGACGGCCUCCCCGCACCUCGCAAGUCCGGCCGCAUCGCCCUCCGACCUCCCGCUCUCCUCCCGACCCUCCCUACCGGCAGCGCUCUCGCCACCCUCUACAUUCGCUAUCGCCAGAACUUCCUUGAGCUCGGCGCCAACCGGAACAAGUGCCUCGCAAAGGCUGCCGAGUGCUACAAGCGUGGCGACGGUGCCGGUGCGCGCAAAUGGAGUCGCGAGGCGCAGGACUGGAGUCGCCAAGUCGCGAUCGAAGGGCGGGACUCGGCGUUGCGGAUCGUCGAGGAGCGAAAGCGUAUCCUGAAGGAGGCGCUCGACCAGGGCGAGGGACGGGCUGGGAUGGCGGACGAUGCGCCGGACCGCAAGGUGCGAGGGCAGGAGCGCGGCGGAGGCAUCUGCCUCGGCGUGGUCUCGCUUGCCGUCCUGAAGGAGUCGCGGCACUUGACGGAGGAGGAGCGGACGGAAGUCGCGAUCGACCUCCACGCGCUGCACACCGACGAGGCCAUCAGCUUCAUGGGCGACUUCCUCCUCAAGCUGGAGGCGCAGAACUUCCAGGGUCUCGCCUUCGUCGUCAUCGGCCAGCAGAAGCACAGCGGGUCGUCGGCGCCAGACAAGGGUGAGGCAGCUGGCCGGUUGCGACUUGAACAGGCGACGACCCAGUUCCUCAGUGACCAGGGCUGGGCGUGGCAGAAUUUUGGCGGCAUCCUCGCCAUCGACUGCCUCCGUUGA